ACGCACACACACACAGUGAGAAGGUGAUCGAGGCAAGCACAUAUACAUGUAUAUGAACAGUUGUACUAUUAUUUUGCAUUUUCACUUGUUAGUCAGUCCUGUCUGUCAAACACGCGCAAUUUAAUCCUUUGUUGAUCAAUCUACUUCUCUAAUUCUUGGCAAAAAGGUGAAUAAGCCCUAAAUGUCUUUUUUUCCCUUUUUUUUCGAGAAGGUGCUCUUCCUGUUUCCCUGUUGGAUUCAAAAUGUCAACAUGAACUUGGGGCGCACCAGUUGUAUCUUCACAUUCUGCUUAGGAGAUGGGAGAUCAGUUAUGCUUUACUUUAAAUUGGUCCUGCAGCCUGUGAAGUGAGAGACCCUCAAAGGUCCUAGAAGGGACAACUCUUAUCAACAUAAAGGGAGACACUCGACAUACGAUUAACUAUCUUGUUGCGGUAAUUCAACUGUGUUUACGUGUCAGCUAAUAGAGCAUCUUAUAGUCUUGGGACAUCAGCAUGACAGACAAUCAGUACAGAUCUUAGUUCAGUGGCUCUACCUGUAAAUACACCUGCUGUUUCCAGAGCGUCUGUUUCUUUAGUUAAAGAACCAGGCACAGUCUGGGACAUGUAUGAACGAAAGCGCUCAUCAAGGUAAUGGCACGCGAGACGGCUGUCAAACCAGUUUCAUAUACAAACUGGAAUAAAAAGAAUUGUCUAGUUGGUUGUCAAGUGUAAAAACAAUGGAAGCUGUACCAUUAAUUGAUUGUAGAAUUUGGUUCAAUUGUGAGUUAAUUACAAUAGUAUUAAAAACUAGAAUGAGAUAAUACAUUUUUUUUUGAUUUGGUAGGGGGCUCUAAGGUGUCAUUUUGGCACGCCCAUGCCCAAAUUUUCACCAGUUCUUUUCGAGCACCUUUAGGAGAAAAAUAAUAAUAACUUUUCAAAUAACAAUAGGUCAUUACGCUUGUCAGCGCUCCGGACCUAAUAAUAACAAUCCCUUGAUUCCUCCUAUAGAUUUUCUUCUGCAGCGAAGAGUCCAUUAGAAUCAAUAUGUCAACACGUCUUCAACGGUGGCUUUCAGCUAAAUCAGUUGCUAUUUGAUUAUCUUAAUCAGUGGUGCGGCGGUGCCUGGAGCAGUGGCUAUACUCCAAAUUCAUGCCCCCACACAGCAAAGAAUAAACGCACCAUUUGUGACCUGUGAGACAACUCUUGCAUUUUUAGUUCACCAAAAAUGGGCCAGUAAUAUUUGUACACUGUCACUUAAUUUCUGAUGCACAUGCGGAUAUUGCAUUAGUACAUGCCCACGGGCCACAGGGUGAGCCAACUACACGAUUAUUCAUUUUCAGUCAACUAUUCCUUAGUCCAUCUACACAUGAAAACUGGACCAUUAUUUUAAGUAAGUUAAUCUAUGGGUUAGUAGGUGAUUUUGUAAAUUGCCAUUUGGAACAUCUUUUUUGCAAUUUGUGGUGGUGGGUGUGCCAUUUUUGUAAAUGUUCCUGGUCCCAUACAGGCCGAUUCGCAUGAAUAUAUAAAAGAUAUUCAAGAUGAUGCAAUCAGUCUGUUAAGUGUAUCUUUCAUACUGACACAGACUUUUCUCUAACUAUUAUGGAUCCAUCAUUAUCCCAUAAAUAUAAAUACAUCUACAUGGUCUAAUAUUUAGUUUACUAUCAUCCACAAUUAUAAUCACCAUUGACUCUAAUUGGAGGUGUGGAGACUGACUGGAUGCUGAUCAUGUGACCAGAGUAAGUCGUUUCAUUUGCAAUUCAGUAGCCUGGUAUUUUCAACGUGCUGCUAUUAAUAAGUGUUCACUGUUGUUGAUGUCUUCACCUGACGUAGGGGGCGGUGCGCGCACCGGCGCGGCAGCUGAACUGCCGUUACUACAUGAGGUGCUAGCUAGCAGCACCGAUGCAGCAACACAAUACGAUCUUUGUAUGUGUAGCUCGUUUUUAUUGAAUAAAGGCCAUAUUUAGCUGCGUUAUGGCUUUAUUAAGAAGAAAAUAGUUCGGACAAACGAAGGUAUGACCCGCCCCAAUCUGCCUCUGAUUGGCGGACUAUGAUGUUCUUCUACUGACUCUAACCAAUCACCAUUCCUCAUCAAAACAACCUAACAUCAGAGGCAACGACUACUAGCCAAUCAGAGACAGAGUAAGGCGGGUCAAUUUUUCCGCUAUCGUAAGAAAAAAAAAGUUAACUUGCAGCACACUACUGAAUGACUGAUAUUAUAAGACAAAAUACAUAGAAAUAUAUAAAGCAUCCAGGGGAAAUAUUUAGCUCUACCUGACACCGUACAUCUGAAAGGGCCACACCAUAAAUGCCACUUAAGACAAAUAUGAAGUUUGUUUAGGGGAAGGGACAUCACAUGAUGUGUACCCGUGGCAACGCAUUUCAUUCCGGGUAGAAAGUGUACCCCGAAGCUCCGAAGUACAGACAAACAGAAAGCAAGUGAAGGCCGCAUACCACGUGUCAAGUGAAGCGGUCGGUAGCCACAGCAACCACAGACGCCACCGCGCCGCGCCGUCUCGCUGAAGAUUCACUUCUCUGAGGUUUUUUAUAACCUUUGCCCGAAGAUGGACGUGGCCCUCCAGGCACAGACCAACCCUCUGGCCACCCUGUCGGUCUUCAGUUACAUCCCACCGCGACGGAAAGAGCCGAAGCACAUGUCCUACUUUAACGCAGAUUCCAAGGUCCCAGAAGUCACCAUGUACGACCAAGUGCACCACCAGGCUGAGGGUUACGACAUGAAACUGCACCGGGAUGACAGGAAACAUUGCAAAGGAAGAGGACUGGACAUAAACAAGGAGGAGAAGUCCAGAGCCGUGCCGGUGCUCUCCUCCUCAGAAUACGGCCAUCGUCCUGUUCCCCUCCUCUGCGAAACAACGCGGCGGAACGCGCGUGUGGCCUGCAUCAAAGCAGAGUUUUUCAUGAAAAACGGGAUCAGCUGGAAUGUGGCAGAUGGAUACGGAUCAGUUGCCCCGUCGUGAAAGCAUGAGGUGUUUCAGCCAGAGUGAUUGUCACUGUGAAAGCAUUGGAUUCAAAUCAAGUGUUGUAGUGUGUAGGUUCCUUAUUAAACACAAAUCUAACAUUUUAACCAUCAUUCAAUCUGAUGAUGUUUAAUUAUGAUCUACAACGGAGUCAAAUGUCUGAGAUCUCUUUCCUGGACCCCACUAUUUUUCUGCAUUAUGAAAAUAGCAAGACAAGUUGUUUUUAUAUUAAGUGACCCAGUGUCUGUCAGAAGAACCUCAAAGGAAUAUUUAAGAAAAUAUAUUGACCGUGACAUUUUCGAGGAAGCUUGAGUUACAUUUCUUAGUUAGAGGCUAAAAUCACCCUGUCAGUAUAAACAUCAUGUAAAGGUUCAGAUGAUGUACACAGACUAUAAAUCAGAAAGUGUUGUCCAGUUAUUGCAGCUGAAUAUUACAAAACGACAUCAAAGAUCAGAGACACAGUGUUCAACUCUCUGCCGUCAGUGUGAUGGUUGUGAGAAACCGAAUGUCCUGAUUGACGGGAACAAUGCGUAUUGAGCAAAUCACCUUCUAUUUGAAAGUGCUGUAUAUGUAUUAAUAACGGAAUAACUGUUCCCAGCCACCAUCGGGUACUUUGGUGAACAUUUGAACUACCUGCUCCUUUGAAACUUACUCUUUUUCUGCUGCUUACUUUAUAAAAAAGUGUAUCUCUUCUAAUUCAGUAAAGACAGUGAUAAAAAUAAAGUUAAAAGAUUCGAGAGGCCAACUGAAAGAGGGGACACGGAUACAUUUGCAUAAACUGUCAAAGUUGCAAGAAUUCAUAUUCACGCAACUAUACAGUUUGUUCCUCAGAGUUGAUCUCUCCAGUUCUCUUAUGUAAAUACAGUUCCUUUUGUGCAUCACUUACCUCUUUGAUUCGCAAGUUCUUUGAUUCUUUCUGUGUUAUCACUUCGAAACCCACGCAACUGAGACCAACCUCCUACAUAAUGGGAUUUUUGUGUGUGUGUGUGUGUGUGUGUGAGAGCACAGACUUCUUCUCAUUUGCCUCAGUGCUGUGGCAGACACAGACCUUUUAUUCUUAGCCUGGGUGCGGUGUUUCAAUCUGUUUGCUGCUACAGUGUUUUUAUUUAGUAGGAUUAGCAGCUAAUAUGCAAAGCGGUGUUUUUUUAAAGUGCAAAGAGAAAUCACUGCCGCGUUGACGUCUUCAUGAAAAUAGUGGUUUCACACCUCAAACAGCGGAUUGGUCCUCAGGGUCAAACGUCCCUUUUUUCCCCGCGCUCACACACCAGAUCCCACUUCCCUCAUUGCCCACAUUAGUGUCUGUGCCAGGCUUUUGUCAGCAGUUUCCUCUGCUGUAGUUCCAGGGUCUGUUCCAUUGUCCAGUCUACCUGCUGCUCGUCUGCUGGGAGAAGUUUGCCUUCUUGGCUUUCUGUGUAAAAGCCUUGCGGGCAGAGAGGCUCUCUGGCUUCAAGUUUUCAGUUGCUGUCAGGUUAGGCAGGCAGUGCAACUAUAUGGUUGAGGAAAUGAUAAUCGACCGUUUCACAACAUUAACCACUUCUAAAAGCUUUCUAGCAUCUGCUACCUGCUUGUGUUCCUAGUGUUUCCUUGUGUACCAGAUUCCUGCAUGUUUUGUUUUUUUUAUCAAUCUGUCCACUGGUUAAUCCUGUUUAUUCAUAUUAAAAAGCAACUUCGCCA